AUGCUAUAUGAGGAGUUAUUCAAACUAUACCGCAGCUCUCCUGAGUUUGAGGGAUGGAUUCCUCUUGAUUCUCAGAAGCAGUAUGCUGUUGUGACCCUCAUAGGUGCGAUUGUAUGCAUUGCCAUAGCCCUAAAUUCUAUCUCUAAAAGCAGAAAAGCCAGUAUCCCUGACUAUUUCAAGUUCUUCAUCAUGAGCAUAAUCGGAAGUCUGUUCCUGGGAACCGCCACGGUGUUUUUAACAGAUUCCUUUGGCGUGUACGUAUAG